AUCGGUCACAUCUUUUUUACUCCACUAAUACUUUUUUGGUAUGUGUUAGACCGUAAUUGGGGUGCGCAAACUCCGCAUUUGCCGGUAGGGGGGUCUUUGCCCUCUGUUACUCAGAACGACGAGCAAUCCCUACGACCACAUGGUAGUCACGCCGCAGCCGUCGAGGUUCAAACGUCAUUCGCCGAUCACGAGGCUCUGUCUCAAAAACUUGUACAUCAAUCGCGAUGUUUUUCUUUGGUACUCUUCUAUUAAAUUGUUACGAUAAUUGUUUUAUUAUUAUAACCAAACAUUUUAUGAAAAGUCAUACAUUAUUUUGUAUUCCAUUAAAAUUUACCGAAUCUAAAACACAAUUUUCUUAAGUGCAAUACAAUUAAAAUACUUUUUAUGAGUCCCACGACGUUAUCAUGAAACCUUAUCGUUUGCUAAACGUUAUGUCUUAAUGACUUGAAUUUAGACUUGCAAUGAUCAGAGACUGGGCUAUGCAUCGAUUUUUCACAAACAAUGGUCUAACAGACAAAAACCGUAGUUUGUUGGAUGAUUAUCAUAAGGAGAAUGUGUCGGAAGUUGCUAACAACCACGACUGGCAAAAUGAAUUGGAGACAGAACUGUUUCAAGGAUAUUCGCCUGCCCUUUUAACGUUUGCUAGUAUAUGCUGUGUAAUUUAUAUGAUGGUUGGCGUUCCUGGAAAUCUUAUCACGAUCAUCGCCUUGUUUAGAUGUAAAAAGGUGCGUAACGCAACAGCCGUAUUCAUCAUCAACCUCAGCGUAUCCGAUUUGAGUUUUUGUUGCUUCAACUUACCUCUGGCUGCAUCUACGUUCUGGUAUAGAUCGUGGAUACACGGUCAAUUGCUUUGCCGUCUCUUCCCGCUAGUCAGAUACGGGUUGUUAGCCGUAUCUCUAUUUACCAUUCUGGCUAUAACCAUAAAUCGAUACAUCAUGAUUGGACAUCCAUCGCUCUACCCAAAGAUGUACAAGAAAUUCUAUUUGGGCGUUAUGGUUACGGUGACUUGGGUAGGUGGUUUUGGACUACUGAUUCCUACGUGGCUUGGAAAAUGGGGACAAUUCGGUUUAGAUGUAACCGUUGGUUCGUGCUCCAUACUUCCAGAUUCUGUCGGCCGAUCACCAAAGGAAAUCCUGUUUAUGGGUGCAUUUGUGGUGCCUUGCUUGUCUAUUGUGGUGUGUUAUGCUCGAAUUUUCUAUAUCGUCAGAAAAACAGCUCUCAAGUCACGGGCUACGGUAACAACUAACCCACGUAAUACAAUGAAUUCCAAUCCAUCGGACACUACGCCCUAUUACACUCUUAAGACCCGCUUCAAGGUGCCUGAGAUAUCCACAGACUCGGCCAUUGGGUCCAGUACAGCCACCGGAACGUGCUCCACUACCGACUCGAAGGAACAACAUUUCCUUUCGCCACAUGACAUUAUCGCCGAUCCAAGCUCGUCAGGACUCGAAGAGAGUUAUUCACCUAACCUAUCUUUCUCUGAUCGAAGAAGUACCAGACGACGUGACCGUUCACCAUCAUCCGCCCUGAAUGCCACUAUUACUCAAGUCGUAUCAGCGGUAUUUCAGACAAGAGAGGACUCCUCUCCAAGGACACGUAAGCAGAGCGCCAUUGGUGUUGACAGGAUGUCGUCAAAAGACAAAAAGCUGCUAAAAAUGAUCCUUGUUAUAUUUAUAUCAUUUGUCACGUGCUACUUGCCAAUCACCAUUAGCAAAACAUCACAUGAACUCGACGACUUGCACGUUCUAAAUAUAACCGCAUAUGUCUUAAUCUAUUUGACUACGUGCAUCAAUCCAAUUAUUUAUGUAGUCAUGAGCUCAGAGUACCGUCAAGCGUACAAGAAUCUGUUGAUGUGUAAAACUUCGCUAGAACAACAACAGACUCACAGAGGAGUGACUAAAAAACUGUCCGGUCCAUAAACCAUAAAUUUAUAGUUAGAUUAAAAUAAGAGUAUUUUUAAGAUGUAAAUCGUACAUGGUAAGAUAAUUAAUUUAAUGAUUACACCUAAUAAAACCUUACAAUUCUAUGUUUAUACUAAUGUAUUGCAUUUUCCGGUAUAUGAUUAGUAUAUCCAUCGUGUCGAUAAAUAUUAUCACUGCCUCAAAUAGAUAGAUUUGUUUCUACAAUGAACAAUUACUAGACAAUUAUAGAACGUACGUGUUGGGGUUUACCUCAAAAAUGUAGCUCUGAAGUUAUGUUUCAUUAAAAUAAAACAAACCAAACGUAUUUUUACUUACAGUAAAAUUUUACCAUCAAUAUGAAUGCUAUAAAAUACUCUAGGGCUGUGACGUAAUCGUACACAAAUGAGAAACUUACCCUUAGAAAAUUACACUUUUUGUAAAAUAUACCCAAAUACCAAUGUAAAUUUAGGUGAUAUUCUUUCAACGUUAAUCGGUCAAUAUCUCUAAAUAUUAAAAUAAUCCUACAAUUUAUAGUUACACAAUUUUUAUUUUUAUUAGUCACAAAAUCAUCCUCCAUCACUCUAUGCGUACCUAUAAUUAAUAUCAUCAUCUUGCGGUUUUAAAAUUAUAACGUACAGCUAUACAGGUAAUUUAUUAUUUAAAUAUCAAAUAUAAUGUUAUCAAUCAUUUUUUUGUUUUUAAACUAAAUAAUUUGAGCUAUUGACUGAUUUACAUUAAAAUUAUCGAUUUAUGUAAAUAAAAUAAUAUGUUUCUAUGAUAAACAAGUAAGUAGAAAAUUAAAACUUCUUACUACGAAUAAUCAAAACUUUAUAAAUAUAUAUAUAUAUAGGUAUAAUAUAUAAUUUACAACAUGAUUCGAUUAACGUACGUUACGUGUAAUAAUUACUAUAAAUUAAGUUCCAUUAUUAGACGAAUUAAUUAUAUCGGUGUUUCAGUAGUUAAAUUCUCUUGUAAAUUAACUCGUAAAUAUAUUUUGACGUGAAUAAAUUAUCCCGAUUCAUACGUAAUCAAAUCGAACUUGUAGAAGUGCUUUUCACUACUUAAUAGUUUAUAGCCUUACAAGAAACGAUUUGUAGUUUUAAGAUAUAUUACACCUAAAACGAAAAGCCGUUAGGAUUAGACCAUUUCGAAAUUGAUUAAUAUUUUAUGGAAUUGUGACUUGUCAAGGAAAAGUCUAUAUUAUUUUAGUAUAAAUAAUCGACGAAAAUUGUCCAGUAAGCAAUGGUGGUACAUAGGUUGUAGUUUCGCAGAUUUUCGUCACUCGAUAGCGCCGAUCAUCCGAUAUGCAUAUGUGUAAUGUGUUACACCUAUUUGAUAUAUGGUGUGCUCACAAUUUGUCAACCAGCGUUAAAUUAAUUAAUCUAAUUUUGAAACUAAAACUCGUGCCGCGGCGUCCGAUCGACCAUUUUUUUUCUUCCUGUACAGUACCUACAUCGCUUACAUUAAGUACCGUCUACGGAAACAGACAAUGAACUUCGUGGCGUUAAUAUAAGCGAUAAUGUAUAUCAAAAUAACUGACAAAAAACACUGGUCGUACGGUCAUCGACACCAACGCAUGUACGACAAACUUAAUAAUAUAAUUGAAAUACUACGUUGUAUUAUCGUCUCGUACGUGUUUUUUUACUUCCAUCUACCGAGAAAGUACCCUGUACUUCUUUAGCUGUUGGACUUGUACAGUUCUUAGUUUUGUACAGCGAUGACAUAACCUCGUUACCUACUAUUAUACCGUUUAUCUUGUCGUGGACAAUUAGUCGCGCAACGUAAUAAUAUAUACUAAUAUCGACGUAGACAAUAAUAAUUAUAAUUCUUAUAAUAUUAACAUUUGUUUUGUUUUUUCUGUAUCACUGCCUCGGACUUCUGAACCCCUCGGAGAGAGAAACGCAUGCCGCGACGAUUGUCGAAUGACACACGUGUCGCUAAUGCAUACCUUUGUUGCCGUCCAUGUGUAAUAAAUAAUAAUAUUACUGUACCCGAGCGAAAAGCCACUAGCGACGAGUUUCAAAAAUCCGUUCCGGCUGUGUACGUUUGUCAUGCUCGAAUUUGUAGAUGAUAUUUUUUUCAGCAUUUCGUGAACACGGAUCAAACCAACCGACUGAGCAAAAUUUAUCGUAUCGAAAAAAAUAAUAUUAUUAUCAUACUACAACGAUAUUAGUUUAUAUUACGUAUAUUAUAUGCGUGUGUCGUUUCAGUAAUUUCACAUGGAUUAAAUGGUCCCGUUGCCGUAUGCGAUGUAUAAUAUUAUGUUACGGAUUUAGUGUAGGCGCUUUUUUCGUUUUGUUUUGUUUGGUUUUUACGUUUAAAUGCACAAAUAUUAUUUUCGCUUGCACGAAUGCCGCAACGCUAUGUAGCAUAAUCCCCGUGAUUUAUAAUAUACACCCUCUGCAGUGUGCAAAGAAACAAAACGCUACGCGUGUUUAUUAUUAUUACAAACAAUACAAACAUUAUUACCCUAUGGGUUGUACCUUAUAAUAAUGUCAUACUUAGGAUAGCGUUUUAUCGUCGAGGUGCUUGAUAUGUAUAUUAUACUAUACACGUGUGUAGGAACAUAAAAUAUAGAUUGGGGGAGGGGGCGUGCAUUACACGAGACUGUAUGUGACUAAAGUAGACUGAGAAUAUUACUAGUUAUCGCGUGUUUAAGACUAUGGUUAUAAAAAUAAAUAAGUAUAAAUGCUCAAGUGUGAAAUUGUGUGUGUAUAUGUGUGUGUGUGUGUUUUGACCUGUAUGUUGUUAUAAUAUUGUUGUGUCUCUGUGAUCGAUAAUAUUAUAUAGAUAUUGUAAAGUAUUAAAAAUAAUUAAGGGAAUAAGUUCUUUGAACACCUCUAUACGGCUGGAAGUAAACAACAAUUUCCGCAACCACUGCCGCGCAAAUUACGUCGACGUGACGCCUCCACCGGGCACCGCUUCCAUUAAUAAAGCGCACGUUUAGGAUAAAACCACCCUGUUUCGUAUACGUGACAUCUGGUUUGAUUACACGCGACUCAAUCGUGGCCUAUCGCUUGUGGGUCCGCAUCACAAUACAACUCAUAAGUCACCGAAAUUCGCGUACGAAUCCGUCCGUAAAAUCGUUAAGCGUAUAUAAACAAUAUAUUAUUUUUUUCAUUUUUCUGUGGAAAAUAAUUUUCUCGUAUGAAUUUGCAUACGGUCGUAAUUUUUUUCUUGAAAAAACUUAAUAAUACCUAUAAUAUAUACCUAUUAUUUUAAUAUUAUUAUAAUAACCUAUUACCUACUAUGUCUUGUGUGGAAACACGUACAUUUGCCCUAUUAACCUACAAUAUAAUAGCUAAUCUAAUGGCGGAGACAGGCUCUCUCUGUACUCGUAAGUCCCCCUACUGCAACACGAUCGUCUAUGAUUUUUCUCCUCCCCACGACCAUACACUGACGCUAUUUAAUCAUCCACUUCCUUCUCUUCAUUAAAUCCAACUCGGUCGUAUUAACGUUGCUCUCUUCUUUGUGUGUACAUCACAUUAUUGUUUUAGGUAUAUACACAGUAAUGAAACGCGGUAUUAUUUCAGCUGUUUGUCAACGUCGAGUGUAGGUGUACGAUAUUAAGUAGUGUCACGUGAAAUCCUCCGUCAAGGUGAGAUUAUCAACGUAUGAUUAUACACCGAAGUAGAUUAUACAUAGGUGCGCAAGUAUUGGUAGAUAGGGGAUUAGAAGAGGUUCGUAUAUUAUUAAAACCGAACGGAUUCGACCGAAAGCAAAGACAACAUAUAGACCUUUUGUACAUGAUAUUUCGUAUUAUAAAUCGUCUCGUACCGCGACGCGUGUAUUUCGUAUAAACCAACGAUUUUCGUAUCAUGAAGGUAUACCUUUCCAACAAAACUACUGUCGAAAACGUCGUUUUCAAACAUUAUCCAAGACCCCUUUAUUUAUUUAUCUAUUUUUUUAUUUUUCAAUCAUUUCCGUCCCGAUUCCCGUUUUCCUAUCUCCUAUAUAUAACAUAAUAUACCAACAUAAAAUAAUAAAAAAUAAUGUAAUAAAAAUAGAUUUUCGUAGUACAAAAUCUUGCGAAUCACUAUAUGCACAAACUCACAUGCAGUGGACACAUUUCAAACCUACGCUGAUCGUGUGCCGACACACGCCAGUCAGCGAUUUAAAUUAAAUACAAACAAAAAAAAAAAAAAACAGAAAAAAACCUAACAAAUACACUCACCACACCUUUGAGUAUUCCAAUCGCGUCCGAAAAUGGGGUUGACAUCAAAGGCUCAGUGACGCAAGCCUGUAAUUUCACACGACUGAAGAUUCGCGUUUUAUUCGUAUACAUACAACAUUGCGUUAUCACGGCGCGGAAUACCAUCACGAUAUUUUUGCAUAUAUAUACAUUUUUUUUAUAUACAUAAAUAUACGAUAUAAUACGUGACAUAUUAUUCAUGAAAACAAAAUAUAGUAUAUUUUUUUAAAAGAACAAAAUUACUUUUCUUUUUAGACAAAUGUUUUUCCGAAAAAAAAAAAUAUUUUUAAAUUUGCCAUAGGCUCAGCAACGAAAUAAAACUGUUACAUUUGUCACUGUGCGUAUUUAUUUAUACGCAAACGAUAAAAAUGUUUGAAAGAAGUUUUUAAAACUUACUACGCAAAAAAUGAUUACAAAACGUAGGAAAAAAAUGCAAUACCUACCUUCCGUUUUCACGACCAAUUAUAUUCGCUAGUCGCUACCAAUGAAAUUAAACAUCGCCACCACUAUACCUCUACGGGUUUUAUAAAGAUAUUUAUGAUUAAUACUCGGUUAGGUUUCAUUGGAAUUCGCGUGCGCUAUAUUAUAUCUUUCACGAUCGAAGUCGUCUCUGUCACUCUUUCACCCUCCCUCCCUCUUUCUCUUUCAUUCUGCCUGUAUUAUAUUGUCCGUCAUCUCUCACUUCGAAACAAACAAUAAUCGUCGUUCCUUGCGCGUAAGCACUGAACGACACCCUUCUAAUAAUCGCAUCAAUCAUUUCCGACAGAGCUAAUAACAGUCGCCACACUCGUAUUCGAAGGAAUCGUCUACCAUCGCAUAUAUAUAUAUAUAUACAGUGAUUCACCAAGCAUGUUCGUCCCAUUUAAUCACAUUAUAAUAAAUUUUUAUUAAAAUUCUUCUGAUUUUUAGAAAUUUUCAGUAUACUUAAAGACCAUAUUAUCAAACUGCAGUAUAUUUUAUAUUAUUUAGGACGCGAUAUGUGGUGAUACAAAUAUAAAUUGUUAAACAAAUGAUUGUUCCAUAAUUUAUUCUUAAAUACUAAUAUUUAAUCUAGUACUUAUAGUAGACUACAACUUGCAAACUAUCAUAGUUCCUAUAUCUUUUUAACCUAAUUUCAUUUUUAUACAUUAAUUUAAAUAACUCAACAACUUUUCAUUCAAAUUUGAAUUUAUAUUCAUUAACAUUAAAAAAAAAAAAAAAUAAUAAUAACCUUCUAUUGAACAAUUUGUCAGUAAAAUGCAUGGUCGUCACAAUACUUGGCACACAGGAUACUCGCAUAAAAAAUCUAAGUAAUUAAAAAUAUGGUCUUUGAAUUUAGAUUCCACGAAAGAUGACAAUACAAAAAAUGAAUGACGAACACUGAGCAUGGUUAUUGAAUCAUCCUGUAAAGUAGUACUGCAUUAUUAUG